AUGCAGAGCCGGAGCCUGAUUAUUCUUGUCUCUUCCCUCCAAGUGUUGUGUCAAGCGUUUGCUGCAUUGCAACCCCUCAACACCACUACCUCGAAUACGAAUACUACUAUCAUAACGCAAUGCAAAUUAGAUUCCGGCUCUGGAGGGACGUCGUGUCAACCUCUACCCGGUUUCGUAUUCAAAAUCCCGGGCUCCUCCAUAAGCUUGGUUGUAAGCGUCGAAGGUGACAUUAUGAUCCGUACGGACAUCGAAUCAUGCCUUGACACUGCAAGCGACUAUGCAAGAAGCCAAACAGACGGGGAACCAAUACCAAUUCCUGCAGGUUACGAUCAUUUUGAUAUGUUUGGCGCUGAAGUUAAGAUCAUGCGCCUCGACCUUGACGAUAAAUUCACCUGGCAAGAUGCAGUAGAUGUGUUUCGAGGCCUGAAGGAAAUAGAGAUCGAGAACGACUUUUUGAGGAGCGUAAGAUUUCAGAUGUGGAGGUCUUCAAGAAGGGGAGCCCUACGUGCCAUGUUAGGGCUCGGCUUUUUGAGGAAUUACCCGCCAUUGGUCCCACCACCACAAAUGGAAAUCAUGAAUAGGACGAUACCAGGAUAUUUCGAAGUCGACAAUAUCACUCUAGCAGCAGCUACAUUAUGA